CACUUUUCCUUUUGGUUUAGGGCCAAAACACAACAAUACAUUAAAUACUUUUAAAUAAAAUGCACGUUGUCAUACAUUUAGUUGAUAAGCACGAGCAGUUAAACAAGUUGCUUUCUGUAAAUGUUGCUGUGGAGAAUGACGUCGCGAUGAACUGUAGCAUUCAACUUUAGCUACAAUGUUUCUCAACAAAUGUAACCAUAAGUCUGCUCUCCUCAUUACUGUUACAUUUUGCACUGACUUGUACUUUUAAGGUCCAUCUUCCUGAGAAAAACGGUGAAUCUAAAUCAGGUGUUACUGGGGAAAAGAAACAGAUCAUAUAGGACAUUUCACUCGUGAUGCAUAAGAAAUGGCUUCUCUCCCAACAAUGAAGAAUAUUCCCAGUGUUGAAAAUGACUUUAAGGCAUCCAAGAAACACAAAAAAAAGAAAACGAAAAAGGAAAAAAAGGAUAAGAGCAAAAAGUGUGUGCCUGACUUUUUGUUGCACGAUGGCUCCCAUGAGGCAGUGUUUACGCAAAUGCAAGACAUCAAGAAAAGAAAAAAGCCAAAGAAGAAAAGCAAACUGAAGGAAGACUUUCAGAAACCUAAAUUAAAUAAACAGCUCAAACAACCUGAAGAUAUACACCAAAUUCAGCCUGUUAUCUACAUCUCCCCUGAUCAAGAGACACCACAUUCAACCGAGAAGGAUUGUUACAGAAGCGUGAAACGUAAAAAGAGAGUAAUUUUCAACUUGCCACCUGAGCAGAGCCAAGCUGCAAAGACAAAUGAUGAAGAAGUCAGAAAGACGAGCUACAGCAAGCAGUUUGUUGGCGAAAGCAGCUUGGAAUCCAGCACAGCUGAAGAAAUGAACAGCCAAGACCUGUUUAUUACACAGAAAUCAUUCUUGGAUCCAUAUGUGGAGAUCUCCAGCACCUCAAGCUGCAGUGAGGCCACUCCCGGGAAGGCACCAGAGAAUCGCUCAUGCAGGUCGACAGCUGAAGCAACCACUCAAACCGAAAACUUCUUUACCUUCCCAGCACUCUCCACCUCUCUCAGGUUUCAGCAGCAGCAGCAGAACACGUCCAAAAGCCCAGAGAAACCGGUAGACCUAAGCCUGCCGAACAGAACAAGACAAAUGCACGGCCCAAAACAAUCCGCUGUAGAUUCUGCAAAACCAACCAAGCUUAAGAUAUCAGACACAUCGAGCGAAGACGGCGAUGCAGUGCCCAAAGCCAAAGGUGAUCGGCUCCAGCUGAAGGUCAUCCAGACCCGCUUGAACGAGUCUUUCUUUUUUAAGGUGAAGGGCGAAGAUUCACCCAAGCCCAUGUGCCCUUUGAUGAAGCUCACUGAAAGUGUUGAGAAAAAGUCAAAGAAGUGA